ACGUCGUCUUUCUUUCUUGAUUAAACACGCAAACUGUGUGCUUGUACUCUCAAGAGCUAAGGACAAUCGUCUACUUGCACGAUAAUUUUUUUAAGUGAAAUUUAUAAAAAACCUACUCAUUUCCCAGAAAAAUGACAUCCAAAGCUGAAUUGGCCUGCGUUUACUCCGCACUCGUCUUGGUUGACGAUGAUGUUGCUAUUACUAGCGAAAAGAUCUCAACGAUCUUGAAGGCUGCCAACGUUGAUGUUGAACCAUACUGGCCAUCACUCUUCGCCAAAGCCUUGGAAGGUGUCAAUGUUAAAGACUUGAUCACCAACAUUGGUUCAGGAGUUGGUUCUGCUCCAGCCGGUGCUGCUGCUCCAGCUGCCGGUGCUGCUGCCCCAGCUGCCGCUGAAAAGAAAGAAGAAAAGAAGGAAGAAUCAGAAGAAGAAGAAGACGAUGACAUGGGAUUCGGUCUCUUUGAAUAAACACCAGACUCUUCCUGAACAAGCUUUUUUGUUUUGUACAGUUCUAAUGUACAUCGGAAUAAACAGUGUUCAUUGAACAUCCAAACACAAGAAAAA